GAAUUGAGAUAUGUUUUAAGCGGGUUCAGAUAAAUUGGCUCAUUUCGCUGUGAAAACUGAUAACAUUUGUUAAGACAUUGAUAGUUCAAUAGAUUAAUUAAUAGAAAAUAGUGUAUACCAGAAUACUUCUUGAUUUCUAUAGUACUUCACGUUUCGUACUGGUUUUGGUAAAGUUACAUUUUGUUUUCCGAAAACAGUAAAUAUGAAAGAAGUGGAAGCUGCAAUUCAUACAAAAGUCGAGUCAAUGGUUGCCAAAAAUACCCUUUUUGCAUUCCUAAACGAUGAAUCAUUAACUGCCACCGAACGCCUGUCUCGCUUAGCGCCAAGUCUUGCAUACUUUGUACUCGGCUUCUAUGAUUUGCAACAUUUAAUUCUAAAGUAUCCAGCUGCCGAGGUAAAAACGGAUCGCAUUAAAAGAGCUAUCAAUGCACACUGUGCCGAAGACUCAACCCAUUGGCCAUGGUUUCUGACCGAUUUGAAAACGCUCGGUAUGGAUAAAGAAACGACGUACACGUCAGCUAUCAGGUAUCUAUGGGGUAAAGCAAAUCAAAUGCAACGCUGGUCAUGCUAUCAAUUUGCUAUUUUGGCUGAUCGGGCUAUCGAUCCAAUUUUACGGUAUGCCUUCUUGCUAAGCAUCGAAAUUAAUGGUCGAGCAGUGUUUUCGAAAUUCCUUGAAAUCGCUGAUAGAAGUGAAGAGGAAACUGGUAAGGAAUUAUUGUAUUUCGGUCGGAGGCACUUUGCAAGAGAAACGGGCGGUUUACACGGCGAAGAGGAAAUUGAAAACGAAUUGUUAGAAAUGGAUUUGGAUCCGGAAACGAAAAGCAAGGCACUUGUAAUUGCAAUGAAAGCGUUGGAAAUUCAAGACGUAGAAUGGAACGAAUUGGGUAGAGCAGGGUAUGCGAACAAAAAAUGGUGAAAUUGUACAAUAAAAUAUAUUUAAGACUGUUGACUAGUGUUGACGUGUUUUAAGUUGAAAUUAAUAAAUUGCCUUGUGUUUAAAUUUGCUACAGGUGCUUUACCAGCUGGACAUAUUUCACCUGAAAUAACUCAACUAUCU